AAUGCUCCGUAUUUCACAGAACACUCAUCGUUUCCAAAUGUAUCAGAUAUGAUCCACCCUGACACAGUGCAUGGAAUUCGUUCAAUACUAAUAGCAAUCACCCUCGGGCUAUUUAUAUUGAUUACAUUCAUUGGAAACUUUCUUGUCAUAUACGCAAUAGCAACAGAGAAGAAUCUAAAAUGCACUGCCAACUGGUUAAUUCUAUCUCUGGCCGUUGCUGAUCUCAUGGUUGCACUGUUAGUAUUGCCGUUAAGUGCGUAUAAUGAAAUCUAUCACCAGGUAUGGGUGCUGGGGCCGGAACUUUGCCGAAUGUGGACGUCUCUUGACGUUCUAUGCUGCACCUCUUCCAUCUUACACCUUCUCGCCAUUGCCGUGGAUCGGUAUUGGGCUGUAACUAAUGUCGAAUACGCUAGGUGUCGCGACCCGAAAAAAAUUUAUAUCCUCAUUGCUGGUGUUUGGGCAGGAUCUUCUGUCAUUUCAUUUGCUCCUAUGUUUGGGUGGAAAGACCCAGAUUUCUUCCGCAGACUUGAAGAAGAUAAACGUUGUAUGGUGAGCCAAAACGUUAUUUACCAAGUAUUUGCAACUUGCAUGAGCUUCUAUAUUCCACUUAUAUUCAUUUUGCUUCUGUACUGGAACAUAUUCAAGCAAGCACGGAAACGAAUUCGCAGCAGACCUGGUGCUUCUGCAGUACUGAUUGUUGAAAAGAAUAAAGACAAACACGGAGAAGCUGAUGGUGAAACCCUGCAGCUAGCGACUGAAAUUCCAGAAAAUGGUGUGACUACAAAUCAGGCACCAGUUGGUCGUCUACUCGUGUUGGCAAAGCGUGAGAAGAAAAUUGCUAAAGAAACAACCGAAGCAAAAAGAGAACGAAAGGCAGCGAAGACAUUAAUGGUAAUAACUGGUGUCUUCAUCGUCUGUUGGCUGCCAUUUUUCGUUAUGGCUCUUCUCAUGUCAGUUUGCGAGGCUUGCGAGCCUAACGAACAUGUAUUCAGCUUCUUGCUUUGGCUGGGAUAUGCAAAUUCUCUGCUAAACCCAUUCAUAUACACGAUAUUUAGUCCAGAUUUUCGAAAUGCAUUUAAAAGAAUGUUGUGCGGAUACCAAACCUCAACCCAAAGGUGCUGAUAAGAUGUUCUAUUGCACAGAUCUUUGGUUGCUUGGUUUAUAAGGACAUUAUUCAUUCCAAUUUUUUCCAUGUUAAAUAACGUAUUUUGCUCAUCAAUUGUACAAAAUAUGCUCAAAACUCAAACAAUGAUUUUCUUUGUAUUUUAGACAAACUCGCAGUCAAAGCACAUUCUCAAAUUUAAUAUUUUAUUUAAGAAAUGUAAAAUAUUUUACUGUAAAUACUUUAGUCGUUCAAAAGAAAACUAGCAUAAAUAUGUUGUACCUUAUUUUUUAAAAACAUUAAAAAUCAUCGAUAUUUUUCUACAAUGCGAGAAAGAGACAAUUGGUUUAAAAUUCAAUUGUGUCGUUAAAGCAGUUACAUAGGACAUGAAA